AUCGACCGACGCUUCCACUAAGAUGGCAAUCAAGCAAGCUGUUCUUGCUAUUUUAUAUUACAGUUCUGUUCCUUGCGCAGAACAUUCCGGUACAUUCUGAAGCGGCUGUCAGUCACCACUGCUUUACUGACCGGCCGAACGCCGCGUGAUCACUGUUCGGCAAGUCGCGCAUGCAUUGUUGUACACGAUCUCUUCGUGCUGUGUCAGUGUACCUGAAUAACUACUCCGUUCACCGCCAGCAUGUAUGCCGAUGCGCACCUUACGAUCUUGUUGAUUUCUCCUUGUUGUUUGGCAGUCAAGUUAUCUUAUCGCUCAUUCAGAUUUAACAUCGCUUCGACGCUAUCCCACUGGCAAGGCAGCACCGAUACUCCACAGCGGUUAUUUGCGGAGGAAAGAAAUGCAAAAGCGGAUUGUUUCAUCAAACAAAUACUGGUCGGCUUAAUCAGUGUGGCCAAAUCACGCCAAAAGCAGCAGUUGAUUUGUUUGCGGCUUAACUUCGGACUAUUCACUGCUGUGGGCACUGAGCACUGACCCUUUCAAGCCAGGAUCAUGGCGUUAACGCAGUGUGCGGUGUGGAGAAAUCUUUGGCGUUCUUCUUCGACGUCAGCGUCACAAUUACUCUUGAUUUGGAUACUUGCCGGUUUCAUUACAAUUUCACGAGGUGCCAAUCUUGCCAGUGAAUCCGGUGAUGCAUCGGAUACAUCUGUGUCUGUGACGGCACUGAUUGAUCGACCGGAAAUUGUGAUGGAAACAGCGGAUGUGAAUGUUGAAUUUCUAGCAGCUAGUGCAAUUUCCGAGGAUAACAGGGUUGUGAACGGAAAUCUUACAACAGGCCAACGCGUCAGCUUCCGCGGUUUGGUUGGAGGCACGCAUUAUUUAAUCUUCGUGAGGAUGUUACAGAAUCGUCGAAAUGUCUUUCGCUACUUUGAAAGAAUGACGUAUCCUUCUCCUGUAAUUGAUAUUGCGGCCAACAGCAGCUUGACGACUACCAACAGCAUCAUGCUCGAAUGGUUCAAGCCGGUUAAUAGUCGCGUUCAAGGCUACCAGAUUCUCUACCAACGCGACGACGAUGCCGGCGCCACCAAGCCUCCACCGGAUCCGAAAGUAAUCAACGUCUCCAACGCCAGCAUUACGAGCUUCAAUGUGACGGGAUUAGAGGCUGGCGCGAAAUAUUCCUUCCGAAUGAAGAGUGUUGUGGAGGAUGUUUCCAGUGUGGAGACUGCCGUAACACCCUAUUGCAGUCGUCCACUCAAGCCCAGCCUGAUCGUGCAACCUCUGUCAGUGAAGCUGAUGCUGCAAAUUCAGCGGCCGUCGAAUGCCACGAAAUACUACUGGGUGCACCUGCGGAACCUGGAUGUGAAAGAUGAGCCGGUGAAAGAAAUCUCCAUUCGCAAUGACUCGAUGAUUGUCAACUACUCUAUUUGGCUUCAGUAUUUCGGAGCGACGUACGAAGUCCGUGUGGUGGCUGUUGCUUGCGACCUGCUCAGUGAAGAAGUGUCGCAAGUUGUCCGUUCGAUUCCGCCGGCUGUAAUCUACUCACAUUCUGAAGUCUCCCAAACGUCUGUCAGGUUUCUGGUCCAUACCAGCUGGAAAUCAAAGUACAGUCUCUUCACAAGGCUCGUCUUCGCUGUGGAUGGGAUGCCACCAAAAUAUGUCUUGCCGAACGAUGAAGACAGGUACGAAGUGGAGUUUACCAGUCUCGUUCCUGGGACAAGUUAUAAAAUCCAGGGAUGGACCGAGCGAGGGGACUUGCAGAGUGACAAGCGGUUCCUGGAGGUGCAGCUGAAGCCUAACAACGUCACGGCACUCACUGCCACAAAGAUCACCAGUAACAGUAUUCGUAUCACUUGGGAACCCUCGAUCGGCCUCGUCGGGAAUUACAGGAUCGAUCACAACGGUUCUGAUUAUAUUUUUACAAAGGAAACAGCUUGGACUAUCACCGGCUUACGGCCUUCUGCGGCAUACGCAAUAUUCGUGAAGGCCUGUAAUGAGCGCGACAAGCGCGCAUGCAGUCCGGCUUUGAAAAAAGUGUUUACCACGUUGAAUGCUACGAGGGAGAACGAUUCAACAGCAGAUUACAACAAGCUUCAAUCGGUACCAAUCUACAACAGCGCGUCUAGCGCUGAUUACAUACUUUUAUUGACACAGUCACGCGCUUUACUCUUUAAUAGCGUGCUAAUUAUUUUCUCGUUUUUCUUCUACUAAUCUGACCUGAUGCCUCAGAUGCCCAGUCGCCCCUUAAAGUACGUGAGCGGUGCUUCGAUGCCGGAGCAAUACAUGCCCUCUUUCAUUUCUCUGGCCAUUUUCUUCAAUAAAGAGU